CCGCGCCCCUUGCAUCACAUGACCGGAAACGAUGGAGGCGGCCAAGAUGGCGUCUCCCAAGAGCGCCCCUAAAGACGCGCAGGUGAUGGCGCAGAUCCUCAAGGACAUGGGCAUCACCGAGUACGAGCCUCGCGUCAUCAACCAGAUGCUGGAGUUCGCCUACAGAUACGUCACCACCAUCCUGGAGGAUGCCAAGAUCUACUCGAGCCAUGCCAAGAAGUCCAGCGUGGACGCGGACGAUGUGCGCCUGGCGAUCCAGUGCCGCACGGACCAGUCCUUCACAUCGCCCCCGCCCCGCGACUUCCUGCUGGACAUUGCCCGCCAGAAGAACCAGACGCCGCUGCCGCUGAUCAAGCCGUACUCGGGCCCGCGGCUGCCGCCCGACAGGUACUGCCUGACUGCCCCCAACUACCGCCUGAAAUCCCUGCAGAAGAAGGUCUCUUCCACAGCAGGCAGGAUCACAGUCCCUCGCCUGAGUGUGGGUGCCGUGAGCAGCAGGCCCAGCACUCCCACUUUGGGUACCCCCUCAGCGCAGACCGUGUCGGUGUCAGCCAAGGUGGGAGCGCCGGUGUCGCUGGCGGGGCAGCGCUUCACUGUCCAGAUCCCGUCCUCACAGCCCGCUGGCAAGUCAGCCACUCCCACCACUCCCACGGUGCAGAACGUCCUGAUCAACCCAUCCCUGAUCGGCCCCAAGAACAUCCUGAUCACCACCAACAUGGUCCCGCCCGGCGCCGCCGACCCCAACCCGCUCAAGAGGAAGCACGAGGACGACGACGACUACGACGCCUUGUGAGGGCCCACAGCCCUUCCAUGGGAUUCUGGGAGCCCUUCCAUGGGAUUCACACAGACUCCAGGGGGUGGGAAUGGGCAGGAAGGCCCUGUUUGGGCCUUGGGAGUGUGGAAAUAAAGUGCAGAGUGUUUGUAA